ACCAAACCAAGUCUUCUCUUCUUUAAUCAUCUUCUCCGAUUUUGAAAAUCUCCGGCGACAAUGGCUUCCUCCGGCGACAAGCAAGCUUCAUCUCUUUACCCUGCCGUUGACACAUCGAAUCCCGAAGCUCCUCCUCUUAACCCUAGCUCCUCAUCCUCUUCCACUAAUAAUCUCUAUCCUUCUCUCGAUAUGAACGAUCUCGCUCGUAACCUCUUCCCUGAGCAACCGGAGACUAAUAAUCCCUCCUCCGUCUCCGCUCCUCCCGCUGCGACGGAGGAAGUAAUUUUGAAAAUCUCCGGCGCGAUUCUUCACCUGAUCGACAAAUCUUACAGCGUCGAGCUCGCGUGCGGAGAUCUCUCGAUCAUCCGUAUUGUUCAAGGAGAUAAAGUUGUCGCUGUGCUCGCUAGUGUCGCCGGUGAGAUCCAAUGGCCGUUGACUAAAGAUGAGAACUCGGUCAAGGUCGAUGAGUCUCAUUACUUCUUCACGCUCCGACCUACAAGCGAUGAAGAAGACGGAGAUUCUCAUUACUUCUUCACGCUCCGACCUACAAGCGAUGAAGAAGACGGAGAUGUUGGAGGUAAGAAGAACUCUGACGAGAUGUUGAACUACGGACUCACGAUUGCUUCGAAAGGUCAAGAGCAUUUGCUGGUUGAUCUUGAGAAGAUCUUGGAGGAUUACAGCUGUUUCACGGUUCAGCAAGUCUCAGAGGAAGCGAAAGAAGCAGGGGAGAUGGUUUUGGAUGUGACGGUGGCGAGAGAGACGUCUCCGGUUGAGCUUACUGGAGAGAGGAAAGAGAUUGUGGAGAGGCAAUGUUCGGCGUAUUGGACGACGUUAGCUCCCAAUGUUGAGGAUUAUAGUGGGAAGGCGGCGAAGCUGAUUGCGACUGGCUCUGGUCAUUUGAUUAAAGGGAUUCUUUGGUGUGGUGAUGUGACUAUGGAUAGGCUUAUUUGGGGUAAUGGUUUCAUGAAACGGAGGUUGUCAAAGGCUGAGAAGGAGAGUGAAGUUCAUCCUGACACUUUGAAAAGAAUCAGGAGAGUGAAGCAGAUGACCAAAAUGACAGAGAAUGUGGCAAACAGCGUUCUCUCUGGAGUCCUUAAAGUUUCUGGAUUCUUCACAAGUUCAGUGGCCAACACCAAAGUAGGAAAGAAAUUCUUUAGCCUUCUUCCUGGAGAAGUCAUCCUUGCAUCUCUUGACGGAUUCAAUAAGGUAUGUGAUGCUGUUGAAGUAGCUGGGAGGAAUGUAAUGUCAACCUCUUCCACUGUCACAACCGAACUCGUUGAUCACAAGUAUGGAGGUAAAGCGGCUGAGGCGACAAACGAAGGGCUUGAUGCAGCAGGAUAUGCGUUUGGCACAGCUUGGGCUGCUUUCAAAAUCAGAAAGGCUAUUAACCCUAAGAGUGUUCUCAAGCCUUCGACGCUUGCAAAAACCGCCAUUAGAUCUGCAGCUUCACAGAAGAAAGCUUAGUAAGCCUUUCUGAUGUAGCGAAACUGCUUCUGGCCCAUUGGUCAUGUUUGUUUGUAUCAACUUCUUGUCUUUUUGAUGCAGAAGUAAAAACUGAAAAGAGGUGUGGAUUAGUAGUUGUUGUGAAGUGUUUGUGGUUUCUAUGAGAAUCAUGUAAUGUCUUGAGUUGAUACGGAAUAUGUAAUGUAUGUGUAAUUGGCCUUGGGGUUUCUUUGCUGAAUCCAAAUUAAGUUUCAUUGAAAA